UUCUACGCAUAACUCAUCGAUCGAGAAAGCAACGAAAAGGAUAACAUAAGAGUUAUCGCGGAGAGGCGAUCAAAUCAAACCCCUGGCGCGUGAUCCCAAUAGGAACGAACAUUUCAACGUCGCCUUCGCAUGCUUUCGUUGGCCUGGAAAAUCCUUCCUUUGCACCUCGUUUGAUUGCUUGUUUCCAGCAGAAUUUUGUGUUCCGAAAUCCAAGUAGGACGGUUGGUGGGUAGAUUCUGCGGUAAAGGCGCGACCUUUUGGCUUGAGGUUGGUAACCCUAUUGCUUUGUUGGUUUUAUUCUUGAUUCUUGCAAUCCAGUCGCAAGAGUCGGAUAGGGUUGGCUGCUUUGGGCGAGAAGUGGAGGAAAAGGAGCCGUUUUUAUUGCUGAAGAUGGAGGUUUGGAUGCUGUGUGUGAUCUCCGUCUUGUUGUGGGUUUCGUCGGCACAGCUCGGCGCUUCUCUCAAUCAAGAAGGGUUAGCUCUCCUGGCGUUUAAAGGGAGGAUCGAGGCUGAUCCUCACGGUGCUUUGUCGAAUUGGGAUGAAGGCGCCGAUAACCCUUGCUUGUGGUUUGGCGUGGAGUGCUCAGAUGAUGGAGAAGUCGUUGUUUUGAAACUGAGAGAUCUCCAUCUCAAAGGGACAAUCACACCUGAAAUUGGAAUGCUCACCCAUGCCAGAGCAAUCAUUUUACAUAAUAAUUCCUUGUAUGGGUUGAUUCCUGUGGAGAUUGGGAGAUUAAAGAAUUUGGAAUUGUUGGACUUGAGCCAUAAUAAUUUUAGUGGGCCACUUCCUUCUGAACUUGUCAAAAUUUCAUCCCUACAAAUUCUUUUACUCAGAAGCAAUGCAUUUUCUUGUUACCUGUCUGAAGGCAGCAUGCUUUUGGAGACACAAAUUGAUGAAGUGCUGGUCUCUUCAAAUAGACAAGUUACAAGUAGGAACGUUGAAAAUGCAACUAUCAGGAGGCUUCUCCAAGACGUCAGAACAAAUAGGAUUCAUCGCACACAGACAUCUCCUCCAUCACCAGCGCCAUCACCUACAACCCAGUCAAACGACGGAAACAGUCAUCUGCCAGCAUCUCCAACCUCAAGUUCAACAGACGAUAAAUCGACCGCCCAGAAAUUCUUGAUUGUUUCUCUGUUGAUUGUUGGAGCAAUAGUGUUCCUUGUUUCCAUGGUUGCGUUAUAUUUUCUAUGUUAUCGCGCAAACAAGGCUGUCACUGUGAUGCCAUGGACAACUGGAUUAAGUGGGCAAUUGCAGAAAGCAUUUGUUACAGGUGUACCUUCUCUGAAACGUUCAGAACUUGAAACAGCAUGUGAACAAUUCAGCAACAUAAUUGAUUCAUCAUCUAAUUGCACAUUGUGCAAAGGAACACUUUCAAGUGGAGUUGAAAUUGCAGUGACAAUUGCUAUCACUUCGGCAGAAGAUUGGAAGGAACGUUAUGAAGUAAACUUCAGGAAUAAGAUUGAUACAUUGUCCAAAGUUAAUCACAAGAACUUCAUGAACCUCAUCGGUUAUUGUGAAGAAGAAAAGCCUUUCACUAGGAUGAUGGUGUUUGAGUAUGCUUCAAAUGGGACAGUCUUUGAGCAUUUGCACAUUAAAGAAGCAGAGCAACUAGACUGGGCCGCUCGUCUGCGUGUAAUCAUGGGCAUCGCGUAUUGCCUCCAGCACAUGGAACAGCUGAAUCCUCCUCUAGUCAUUCGAAAUUUGAGCUCGUCGUCCAUCUAUCUUACCGAAGAUUGCGCGGCAAAGAUUUCUGAUCUUGAAUUUUGGAACGAAGAAAAAGAAGCAGAGCUAGCAUAUGAAAUCGCAAAACAGAACAUUGUCUACAAGUUCGGAAUUGUUCUACUGGAAAUCAUUUCUGGAAGGCUUCCUUUUUCAGAAGAUGAUGGUCUACUUGUGCUCUGGGCUUCAAGCUACUUGAAUGGGAAAAGACCCCUCAUGGACAUGGUGGACCGGACUCUCACGGCUGUUGGCAUCGAACAUAUCACUGAACUGGCAGACGUGAUACGAUCCUGCAUAAAUGUUUCCCCUGAGAAGAAACCAACAAUGACCGAGGUUGUGGAACGCUUAAGAGGGAUUACAUCGAUUACGCCCGAUGAAGCUUACCCAAGAGUGUCACCGCUAUGGUGGGCAGAACUAGAAAUCAUAUCUCAGUAGGAUAUAUGGAGAUACACUAAGCGGUUUGGCAAGAUUUCCUUUUAUCAUUAUUGUAAAUGUUUUUUCUGAAAAUGUAACACAAUCGAAGAAAAAUGUAUUUGUUUAGAGCUUGUUGGUUUGAAAAUUGAAAAUGCAGGAUUUUGUAUGUAUAGUAGCUCUAAAAAUGCACUGUCAACUGGCCUAAAAGUGUUGCCAAUGUACAAAAAAUGUUUGUAUGAUUGUUUUGUAUAUUUCCUUAAUGAACAUGAGUUCU